AUGUCAUCUGAGAAGAACUGUGUAUCAAAAUUGGAGGAGCAAAACGAUUGCAAAGUUUAUUCUCUCUUAGAUUUGCCUGAGUGGACCUUGCUUUGCAUUCUUGACUGCCUUUCACCACAGGAUUUGUUUAGAGUGGCACAAGUGUGUACCAGUUUGAGGGACAAAACCAGAAUUGAUGCUUUGUGGGAGAAAGUAAUCAAGCAGAAAUGGGGUAGGCUGCUUGGUGAAGCUGCUUACCAAGAGUGGCAGUGGCACACAACAAAAAUUGCAAACACACAAACCAUCUUGUCACUUCAGCAGCAGAAUCAGAGUGGAUCAUGUGGCUCUUUCAGUGGUGUUUGGCCUUUCAUAAACUUUCGUUCUUAUUUGGAAAAUUUCAUUGACUUCAUUACUUUGUUUAAACAUUGUUCAAAAAUGGCUUUGUAUAUCUGUCUUGAAAGUGGUCGCUUCUGGUUUCCUGCUCAAAUCUACAAGACUUCAAAGCUAUUCUGUUAUGAUGUCAUAGUCGGCUAUGACUCUAAAAGAGACACCUUCGAAGCAAGGUCUCAAACUGGUGGCUGGCGAAUGAAUGAGCAAAAUAUUGAGUGGGAUAUGUUGAGACCACCACCAACUGAUACUUCUCCAAGGGAGGUUCAUAUGUCUAACUGUGUGAAUGAUUUGAAACCAGGAGAUCAAAUUGAGAUUCAGAUGAAAAAGCGCAAAGAAUCCCCUUUUUAUUGGUGCUAUGCUGUAAUUGGUCAUCUGGAAACAUGCAACCAGAAUGUGAAUGAUUGCCGCUGCCAAUAUGAUGACAAUUUAGUAGUAGAAUUCAAGCAAUAUCCACCAAAUAGUAGAAAUAAAAGAUCAGUGCUGAACAGAAACAGGUAUGAGGAACGAGUUUCAAUGCUUAGCUGGUUUGGUGGAAUCAGAAAACUUGAUAAGGAGGAGGAGAUUGAAAAGUGGAACAACCUCUUUGCAUCUAGAUAACUAG